GGUGGCGCGCCCAGCGUGCUGGACCAGCUGCUGCGCGGCGGCGGCGGCGGCGGCGGCGGCGGGCCUCGCCGUGGUGGCGGCGGCGACUUCGGCUUCGACGGCUUCGGCUUCGGCGGCGGCGGCCCCGCCUGCGGCGCGGCGCCCGCUGCCCCCCUCGGGCAGUCCGCGCCGCCGAGUGCCACCCCUCGCCUUCCGCCCGCCGCCCCCCCGCCCCUCCCUCGCGGCGGCGGCGGCGGCAGCGGCGGCGGCGGCGGCGGCGACAACCGCGGCGGCGACUUCGGCUUCGACGGCUUCGGCGGCGGCGGCGGCGCCGCCGGCUGCGGCGGCCUGGGCGCUCCGCUGCCAGCCCGCCCCUCCAGUUCCAGCGGCGGCACCAGUGGCGGCGGUACCAACGGCGGCGCCCUGGUCGCUUCCGCGCCCCGACCGAGCGCAUCCGCCGCGCGUCCGCCGGCGCUCCCACCUCGCAUGCACGCGGAGCUUUGCAAGGCUGCCAAUGGGCAGCCGUACAACCGCGAGGUCUUCUCCAUUGAGGGGGUCGGGGGCACGGAUGGGCGCGGGGGGCGCACGCAGCAGGUCGCUCGCUUCCUGGUUGCUCUCGGCGAAGCGGAGGCUGCCUUUGUCGCUCAGAUGCAGAAGCACAAGUGGUCGCUCGUCGACAUCCUCCCCGCCGGUGACGACCACUUCCAGCGCGUGCUCCGCUACGACUUCCCUGCGCUGCACAACCCCCUCAUCCACGCGCUCGUCAAGCUCGUCCGCUCGCGCCGCGGCGUGCCCGGCUACGUCGUCAUCGCAGUCAUCGGCAUGCUUUGCGGCAAGGGCCCGGGCGUGCUCGAGCUGCUGCGCCGCGCCAUCCAGCGCGGCGAUUGCGACACGGUCAAGGGCAUCCUCGCGCUGGUGCACGCCAUCCACGCCGUCUGCCCCGAGCUCGUGCCGCUGCUCUUCGGCCUCAACCGCCGCCUCGUGUGCUGCGGCCGCACGGGCAAGGGCCGCGCCGCGCCCGAUGGCGCCAACCCCGAGGGCCUCUUCGGCGCGCGCUGCGGCGAGGAGCUCUCGGCGCCCGAGUACCGUCUGCUCGAGAUGGUCGCCGUCGGGUGCGCCAACGGCGGCGUGCUCAUCGGCGCCUUCCUGACCUUUGGCAAGCCGGCGCGGAAGACGUUCGGCCAGCUGGCUCCGCUGUGCACAGCGCUCGGCCGCACCGUCGCUGGCUCCGCCUUCUCGUGCCUCCUCAACGAGACGGAGAUCCAGCACGGCAAGUACUUUGUGUACGGCGGAGAGCCGCUCGCCAACUGGAUCCGCUGCGCCUCCGACUCGCUCGCCCAGACGAUGCCCCACAUCGCCCAGCUCAACCGCAUCGCGUGCCCCGCGCGCGCCGCGUUUGACGCUGCCGUCUACGAGGCGUUUCGCCAGAUCCGCCUGCAGCUGCCCGGCGCCAACUCGCUCCGCCCUGCCGACAUCCCCGGCUUUGGCGACGCCCUCUCGCCGGCGGCGGCGGCGGAGAGCGCGGCGCGGUCGGCUCGCGACAACGGCAACAAGAUCAUCCGCUACUAUCUCCUCAAAGGAGUCGUGGCUGCCGUGCACUACCCUUCCGACGGCGGCGACUGGCCCGCCGCGCCAGCCGCGCGCACGUGGGACCGCGUGGUCACCGACCGCGCGUGCGUGCUCGGACACUUGCAGCUGAAGCGGCGCUACUACCGCGACGGCGAGGUCGUCGCGACGCACACGCCCGCGGCGGGCGGCUCGUGGCCGCCCCCGCCCGCGGCGCGGUACGACACGGUGGUGACGGCCACGCCCGGCGCCUUUGGCGGGAUGCACGGCAGCACGGCGGGGCAGAGCUACGGCGAUGGCAGCGUGGCGGGCCAGCGGCGCGCCGACGGGAUGCGCGCCCAGCUCAAGUGCGCUAUCGCUGCCAGGAUCGCCGCCGCCGCCGCACCCGCCGCACCCGCCGCACCCGUCGCCGCGCCCGCCGCCAUCUCCGCCGCCGCCGCACCCGUGGCCCCCGCCGCGCCUGCCGCGCCUGCCGCGCCCGCCGCGCCCGCCGCGCCCGCCGCGCCCGCCGCACCCGCCGCGCCCGCCGCGCCUCCUCGGGCGGGCGCUGGGGACCUGAUGCGGAUGGCGCGAUGCACAAAGUGCGGCGACACAACCGACCCCAAGGAGUUCGGCGGCUACGGCAAAAAAGGGCAGUGGAAGUGCCAACACCACCACGACGGUGUCGGGUGCAACAAGACCUUGUACUGCGCCCAGUGCGGCCUGGGGGGCGGCGCGUGCAUGCGGCGCAACGAGGCGGGAGCUGACCCGCCAUGCCUGUCCGCGCUGUACUUCCUUGGCUGAAUCUGUGGUGGCUGAGUGGCCUGCCGUAGAGAGCUAUCGACG